AUGGAAGACAACGCCCCUUCGUCAACACCUCCCGCCGUCGACCGUGACCGCACCCUCCGACCUCAGAGAUUCCCCUCUGCACUCUCGACGUCGGAGCCUUCGCUGAGCCAUCCAGACAUCAUGAACCCCAACGCUUUAAACGAGCCUCCCGACGAAAGCAGCCUCCUCUCCGACUCGGCCUACGAGGUCAUUAAUAACGCCGACACAGAGAGCCAAGAUGGGUUCCCCACAGAAUCCGUUUGUUCUAGCGACUACCUCCAGAGCGACGAUACACACAGCUUAAUCGGGACGGAACAUACAAACGACGAGGACGAUGAGGAGAAUGGAGAACACAACGACACACACAACCAUGUUGACGAAGACAUGGCGUACAGCCACGUACAAGAGCCGCGUCCGCAAUAUCAAGACGAUAGCGAGGCUGAGAACACCGAUAGCGACUCGGAGGAGUUGAUCAAAUUCCCCGACUUCCCUACACACCUUGAUAAGGAAUUUGAAGAAGCCUGCGCUUCGGGCACUACUACGUACACGGCCGGUGGUGCCGGUGGUGCCGGGGAGGAUGACGAUGACGAGGACGAGGAGGAGCGGAGGUCAUCGAUGCACUACGCAGAAGAGAGCCUAAAGAUGCCGUCUGCCCUGCCUCCGGGCUCUCCCGCGUCAAAAUCAUCAUGGUUCGGGUUCGCCUCAAACCAGGAGCUUGCCGAUUUCGUAUCGCGCCUCUCCUAUAAACUCGUACACGGUUUGGCCGUCGUUGGUCUCGUUUCCGUUUGCGCCUUCUUCCUUCAGGGUCAUCUAAACCAGCCCAACUCCGCGAUAGACGCGGUUAGGACGGAAACCCUGGUUCCCGUGAUGCGAACCACAGUGUCUGUUACGACGUCGACAUACAUCAUCAACUACACAUCUACUAAAACAGAUGCGUACGGCGUGGUCAACAUCACCGUCGUGACUACACGAAAACCCAAAGUGAACGAGACCUUUGAAAUCGAUUUCGGGAAAGGGCUCUUUGACCAGGCCUUAGAGUACGGCGUACACGUUGUCCAGGACAUCGCCGAGACCAUCUCCUCUUCAUUAAACGGUGCCAGUGCAGAAAACCUUGUCCCGGAUGCCCUUCGAUGGGCCGAAGACCUCGGCUCCCGAGCCAAAGAUAGCGUGCUGCAGAGUUGCAAGACGGUUGAGGACUACCUGGACACUGCUAAUGAACACGUUCAACAAGUUUUCCACGACGGCCCUACCCAGGUCAAGGCCGAAUGGGAUCGCAGGGUGCUUGAUGUACAAGAGGAGGCUAAGAUUGCCCUUUUGAAGGCCCAGAUCAAUGCCAAUCUUUGGUGGCUCAAGUUUCAAGGCAAGACCGAAGAGCGCAAGGACUACCUUCAUAAAGCGAGACGCUUUAUGAGGUCUACCAUGGAUGAGAUCGAGUUGGCCCGAGACUCAGCCCAGGCAUCCAAGGUCUGGCGUCGGGGGAUGCGCGAGGGACCUCGUUGCAAAGGCCGCCGUGACUCCGGCUUCACUCGGUGGACGCAGGAAUGCGUGCACGACGCCUAG